AUGGAGAACGGAACUAGGGGCGUCCAGCCGCCCCCAGGGGGGACGGAGGCGCAGGAGCUCGCGACGGGCGACCAGGCGCGCGUCAAGUACGCGGUGGUCGCGCGCAGCUCCGACGGUCUCGUCCUCUCCUCGUGGGCUGCGCGCGGAGAAACAACAAGCGGCCUCUCAGACCAGAGAACGAAGCUGGUGUCCGCGAUCCUCCAGAAGCUCGCGGAGCAGCGGUCGGCCCGCCAGCGCCCCCCACGGCACGCCUCUUUUCCGCACCGGACCAAUCCGGCCUUCGGCACCGUGCACGUCACGUCCAACUCGGACUACGCGGUCGCCGUGGUCACGUCCCAGGACUACCCGCGCCACGUCGCGCAGCAGAUGAUCACGCAGAUACAGUCCUCUGUCGACACGGUUCCGAUCCAGCCGCUGAUCGCACAAGCCAGGCGGCCCGGGGAGCUGGCGACGCAAUGCUACCCGCGGCUGCGGCAGGUGUGCAUCCAGUACUCGGACCUGGAGCUCAUGCAGCAGGCGCAGAGCGUCGCGGCGCGCGUCCGGGACGUGAAGGUCGUCAUGGAGGGCAACAUCGACCGCGUCGUGAGCAACAUCCAGCGCCUCGAAGACGUGGACUCGCGCGCGCAAACCGCGCGCGUCGACGUCCAGGACUUCCUCGUGCAAGCCCGAGAUACUCAGCAGCGGGCCUGGUACACCCGCACGAAGGUCUGGAUCAUCGUCGCCCUCGUCGUCGUGCUGCUUCUCGCUGGAAUCAUACCUGCCGCGGUCCUCGCGCGAUGA